UAUAAAUGGAGCGGUGGCUGCCCCAGCCCCCUCUCUCCGCCCCGGGUAGCCGCCGCCAGCGCCGCUUUCGGGCUCAGUAGCCUGAAGCAAAAAAGAGAAAAAGAUAAAAAAAACCUGAAAACGCUUCAAAACCUAAAAAAAAGAAAAGAAAAAGGAAAAGAAAAAGCGAGUCCUCCUCGGAGAGCCCGCGGGGAAGUCACUUUCGCACGCUUCCGGCCUGCCCGCGCCCGCUGCCGCCGCGCUCGGCGUCCGUCGGUGCCUGUCCGUCGGUCCGGUGGUGAGCAGCCCGCCCGCCCGCGCGCCGGCCUGCCGCGUCCGCGCGCCUCCGUCCGUCCGUCCGUCCGUCCGUCCGCGCCGCGUGGCAGCCCCGCGCCCUCGCCCUCACCCCCGCCGCCGGCCGGCGCACCACGUGUCCGCGCUGUCCUUCGCUGCCGCCUCCCGCCCGGGGCUGGCGGAGUCGGCACCCGCAAAGAUUCGGUUUCCCCCUUCCCUGGCUGUUGUAAUCUUAAACCGCCGGGAGCCCGGGGCCUAUAUUUAUCGAGAAACGCGUGUCCCCAAGGCCGCCGUGGGUAGCAUCUGGCUGCCUCUUGAAGAAUUUUUGCCCCUGAGGAAGGGGAUUCCCCACUUUUUUUUUUUUUUGAUUUCUGAGAUUUGGAGCUUCGAGCCAGGACAGCUGGAAACUACAAACUCCCGGAGAGGGCCAUAUUGUUUUUGAGAGCCUUUGUCUGAGGUUUUGCGGUCCCGAGUGAGCUGCCCGAACUCUCCCGUCCUGCCUCUGAGCCUCCCUACUGCAGCUUCUCCCAGCCUCGCUCUGUGCCACCUGUGAGCCGCGGCGUGGGCCACGGCUCCGAGAGAAGCCCCUUUUGUCCUGCGGUGGGCCCUGUAAGAAGUCCUCCUGGCGGGGCUCGGGGUGGUGGGGGGCGGGGAGAUGAACGCUGCCGCCAGCAGCUACCCCAUGGCCUCCCUGUACGUGGGCGACCUGCACUCGGACGUCACCGAGGCCAUGCUGUAUGAAAAGUUCAGUCCUGCGGGGCCUGUGCUGUCCAUCCGGGUCUGCCGAGAUAUGAUCACCCGCCGCUCCCUGGGUUAUGCCUACGUCAACUUCCAGCAGCCUGCCGACGCUGAGAGGGCCUUGGACACCAUGAACUUUGAUGUGAUUAAGGGAAAGCCAAUCCGUAUCAUGUGGUCUCAGAGGGAUCCCUCUUUGAGAAAAUCGGGUGUGGGAAACGUCUUCAUCAAGAAUCUGGACAAAUCUAUAGAUAACAAGGCACUUUAUGAUACUUUCUCUGCUUUUGGGAACAUUCUGUCCUGCAAGGUAGUGUGUGAUGAGAACGGAUCUAAGGGUUAUGCCUUUGUCCACUUCGAGACCCAAGAGGCUGCCGACAAGGCCAUCGAGAAGAUGAAUGGCAUGCUCCUCAAUGACCGCAAAGUGUUUGUGGGUAGAUUCAAGUCCCGCAAAGAGCGCGAAGCUGAACUUGGAGCCAAGGCUAAGGAAUUCACCAAUGUUUAUAUCAAAAACUUUGGGGAAGAGAUCGAUGAUGAGAAUCUGAAAGAACUAUUCAGCCAGUUUGGUAAGACCCUAAGUGUCAAGGUGAUGAGAGAUUCCAGUGGGAAGUCCAAAGGCUUUGGCUUUGUGAGUUAUGAAAAACAUGAGGAUGCCAAUAAGGCGGUGGAAGAGAUGAAUGGAAAAGAAAUCAGUGGGAAAGUCAUAUUCGUAGGCCGUGCACAGAAGAAAGUAGAACGCCAGGCUGAAUUAAAACGGAAAUUUGAGCAACUGAAACAGGAGAGAAUUAGUCGAUACCAGGGGGUGAAUCUCUACAUUAAGAACUUGGAUGACACCAUUGAUGAUGAGAAAUUAAGGAAAGAAUUUUCUCCUUUUGGAUCAAUCACCAGUGCUAAGGUAAUGCUGGAGGAUGGAAGAAGCAAAGGGUUUGGCUUCGUCUGCUUCUCAUCUCCUGAAGAAGCAACCAAAGCGGUCACUGAAAUGAAUGGACGCAUUGUGGGCUCUAAGCCACUGUAUGUUGCCUUGGCCCAGAGGAAGGAAGAGAGAAAGGCUCACCUGACCAACCAGUAUAUGCAGCGGGUGGCUGGGAUGAGAGCACUCCCUGCCAAUGCCAUCUUAAAUCAGUUCCAGCCUGCAGCUGGUGGCUACUUUGUGCCAGCAGUUCCACAGGCUCAAGGAAGACCUCCAUAUUAUACACCUAACCAGUUAGCACAGAUGAGGCCUAAUCCUCGCUGGCAGCAAGGUGGGAGACCUCAAGGCUUCCAAGGAAUGCCAAGUGCUAUACGCCAGUCUGGGCCUCGUCCAACUCUUCGCCAUCUGGCUCCAACUGGUAAUGCUCCGGCCUCUCGUGGCCUUCCUACUACCACUCAGAGAGUCGGGUCUGAGUGCCCGGACCGCUUGGCUAUGGACUUUGGUGGGGCUGGUGCCGCCCAGCAAGGGCUGACUGACAGCUGCCAGUCUGGAGGCGUUCCCACAGCUGUGCCAAACCUUGCACCGCGUGCUGCAGUUGCUGCUGCUGCUCCUCGGGCUGUGGCACCAUACAAGUAUGCCUCCAGUGUCCGCAGCCCUCACCCCGCCAUACAGCCUCUGCAGGCACCCCAGCCUGCAGUCCAUGUGCAAGGGCAAGAGCCCCUAACUGCCUCUAUGCUUGCUGCAGCACCACCCCAAGAACAGAAGCAGAUGCUGGGAGAACGUUUGUUUCCGCUUAUUCAAACAAUGCAUUCAAACCUGGCUGGAAAGAUCACAGGAAUGCUGCUGGAGAUUGACAACUCUGAACUGCUACACAUGCUGGAGUCUCCCGAGUCUCUCCGCUCCAAGGUGGAUGAAGCUGUGGCAGUUCUACAGGCUCAUCAUGCCAAGAAAGAAGCUGCCCAGAAGGUGGGCGCUGUUGCUGCUGCUACCUCUUAGACAAGGAAAAACCGGUUCAAAAGCCAAAUAACCCCUGAUGGAAAUCAGCUCAAGGUUUGAAGACUUCCUAGCUUGUCCUAUGGACCUCAACAUCAAGAACCACAAGUUGCAAAUUUAUUAGGUCAUUUUGUAUCAAAAGGUCAAUUAUGAAAAUGCCUAGAAUUUUUCAAUUAUAAGAAUAUAUUCUCUGGGUUCUGCUAUAGCCCGGACAGUGUUAAUUUUUCUUUUCUAUUGUGGGAUUUGGUCGUGUCCCUCUGUCCCCAACCCCAGAAAUUGGUUUUAUUUGAUGUACCCAAGUCUUAAGUUUCUCAAUAAAGAAAAAAAUCUCCACAAAACUUCCUCUGUCCUGCCC